UCAAACAAGACUUGAGUUUGAACUGACCCGAAGGUCCCUUCUCGCUCUUAGCGAAAACCACAACAACAUUCCAGCCGAACUCCUCCUCACGGCUCGGAGUUAGUACCGACUCGUCCUUGAGCCACUCGGUUGUUUGUGAGCUGUGUUAUUCCAGUCGACAGCUGUUUCAUGGGAACCCAGGAGGGAGAGAGAGAUUGGGUUGAUGUGGCAAAUGAUCUGUUCAGCAAAUGUCACUUAAACCUGAGGUUGAGGAAACUGACUGAGUGUGAUGCAAAUGUUUUUCUCGCUCUGUAUGAGAACAUCUUGGGGGAGAAAGUUCCAGAUUAUAUUGCAGCACCAUGCACUCAGGAGGAUGACGUCCAUAACGUUCAGUCUAUGAUUGAUUCACUGUCUCUGGAUUACCUUCAGAUAAGCCUCUCGCACAUCGCAGGAGAAAAUGUUGUCAGAGGAGACAAAGAGUCGAUCGAGAACCUCCUGGAAAUCUUUGAUGGCCUCCUGGAGUAUCUCAACGAGGAGAUAAGCGUGGAGUCACAGAAUGGUGAGAAACUGGGUAACGGUCUUAAUGAGGAUGUCCCCAGUGAAAAGGACUCAAACUGCAAUGGCACAGAUCUCAAGGCGACUAAAAGAGACGAAGCAUCAUUGUCUUCCACUGGAGAGUCUGCUGCCCAGUCCAGCAAACAUUCCCUCCACUCCUGGAAUGGUGAGGAGAUGGGAUCAGCCAGUGAGCUCAUUGGUCUGGGCGUCUCUGCCCGCACAUUUACAGGAAAACAAGAUCAAAUCACCACCUCUGGGCCUCUGGAUGACCAGGAUGCUUCACUGACUGAACCACGGCACUUAGCCAUUGCUCUGCAGCCACCCAACCAGAGCAACACCCCCCACAGACCGGACACAGACCCACACACACACAUCCAGCCCCCCAAAGCAGCCGGGCCAGGCCUCGGACUAACAGAGGAAGAAGCUGCCCCCGUCACUACAGAGAUCCAGAAACCAAGAGCUGAGAUCGUUGUUAACAAUGGACUACAGUCUCCUCCUCUUUGCCAGUCUCCAGCUGUGAGUGAGAAGUCUUUGUCGAGUCAACAAAGAACUGGGACAGAAGUGAAGGGGGAGACACUGGAGCCAACUAACGGAGGCCCCAGGAGGGUUUUAUUCCGCACCCAGCCAGAUGUGCUCUUCCUCACCCUGCAGAAUGAGACGGAACCCACCACCCCUUCACCACCAGACACUGAAGAUGAGGAUAUGAGCUAUACACGAAGAUUACAAGGCAGAAGAAUAGAUCGCAGAGAAGGGACAGACCUCAGUUCCCCGAGCAGUAACCAGUCAGAGGAGGGUUGCGAGGAACCUCUUUCUUAUCGCAGACAGAGGAACAGGAAAGCAGAAGAGGAACUGCAUCACAUAUCUGAAAAACUGUCUCAUAGACUGGAAGAACUCGAUGAGAUGCUUAAACGUGUUCUGGAAGAAAGUGGAGAGUCCAGUGAGGUCAUAGAGGAGGACAAGCAGUCCCAUCACAGCGACAGCAUCAUGGAGUGUCGGAAGACUCCUGGACAACUCAUGGUUCCAGGUAAGACCGAUGUUGGAUCCAGGCAAUGCACACGCUCCUUGUCGCCCUCCCCACCUCAGGCCCGUCGCUCCCUGAAGGGACAGUUAGAAGAUGCGAUGGUAGAUUCCCUGAGCCUGGAUGACGGCAGACAGACAAACCUCUCAGCUCCGGAUACUUCAAGACAAAAAGAGCACAGAAAACAUAACAAGUAUCUGGAGAAUAAGGCCUAUGAGGAAGAGUUAAAAAGAUAUGAAGACAAAGAACGGGCAGAUCUGGACAAGGCGCGCCUCAAAGCUCAGGAAGCCGAGCGCGAGUACCGAGAGGCUCUACUCCGAGACGUUGACCAAGCUCCCAGACUGUCUCCUGUGAGAACGAAGACCCAGCACAAGUCACCACGAAACACACAAACAGGACGGAGAAGGCAGGAAGCCCCCAGGAAAACUGCAUCAUUGAAAGUGAAGGAGAAUGAACUCCUCCCCGUGCUCGUGGAGGAGUUGCCCCACCUUCACGUUUCUCCUCACGCUCUGGGCCGGAUGUGGGAGCAGCAGAAGCAGCAGGUGGACAGACUCCACGCCAUGUCGUCCUCCCAUAGCCACCAGCGUCGCAGCAAGCGCUCCAGCCAGGUGGAGGAAGCACAGAGGAAACACGACCUGCUGGUGCAGAUCGUCCGCAAAGAACAGGACCACAACAGGCGACUGACGGAUUUCAAAGAACGUAUCCAGCAGCAGAAGUCGACUCAAAACCGACUGAGAGAACAGAGACAGCAGGUCGCCCGCGCCAAGAAGUACCACAGUGACUUCCACGUGCAGCACCGCGCUCGCCUGAUGAGGGCACGCACCAAGGACGAGAGGAUGUUUCGGAAGCUGUUUGACGACGGUUUAGAGAUACAGAAAGUCCGGUUGAGGGAACAGAGAUCCUACGCCAGGGAGCAGCGACUAGAACAUCAGAGACGACACCAGGACCACAUCAAGUCUAUGGAGAACUACUACAAGGACCAGUUUUCACUACUUGCUGAAAAACUUGCUGAAGAGCGACAGGAGAUCCAGGUUCGGAAAAAAGCUCAGGAAAAGGCCCUGCUGAAGAUGAAGCGGGAGCUGCGUUCCAGGAUGGAGCGGGAGAUCGGCGAACUGCAGAAAAUAAUCAUCCAGAACGACGAGGACGACUUCUUCCAGGACCUGGACGUCCAGCGGCUGCGUAAUCGCGUCCACAUGGCUUCGUUCCAGUACAGCAAGAGUUACCUGCACUGAUCGGUGAAGCAGAACCGCUGUGACAUACCAUCCAUUGAAGCUGGAUUCAUAUCGUAUGAACACGUUGCAAGCGUCACAAUCUAAGGGUACGACAUAUUGACUGAACAGAGCCCUCUCCUCAGGCUUCUUCCUUUGUAGACUUGCACAGGAGGAGGGAUUAUCCUGAUUAUCGAUACACACACCAAACACUCACACUAAAUGUAGCUAGUCGCGAACCCUUCCUCUCACCUCAGCUGCUAUACCUGAACUUGAAGACACUUUGGACAAAGUCCUUCCUCUUCCCUGGUUUUAAUACUUGGUAACUAAGAAUGUUUUAAAGUGGUUCCCUCACUGAACUGUUACUGUAGCAGAAAAUUAGUAAACACAUGUUCUUCCUCUUGCCAAAUGGGGAACACCGAUGCAAAGUUAGUAUGAAUGACACCGAUACGAUUUUUAACGUCUUGUUUUCCAUUUCAUGUGCGAUGUCUUCCUUUAAUAUUUUAACCAAUCACAGAUUAUUUAUUUUUUACCUAAUGUUUGUGAUUUUUAAUGGAACCUGGUGUUGUGCUUUCUGAUCACCAGGGGGCGAUGAUAAUCAGUGUUUGAUGAGCUCUGUUGUGAUUUGUUUUUAACUCGCAGGCAAACGUGGUAGAUUCAUGACACCAACAGUUGUGAUGUUAACACACUGUCCUCUCAUGACUGUGCAUAGAUGUAAUGAGCACAUGUCCUGUCGUCCCUCAUUAAACAUGUGGGCUCCCUCA